AUGGAGAAAGACAAGCAAGAACCCUCGACGGAAGCUAGUCCAGUAUUACAGGGCGACGAAGACCUUGUAAGGGGCUCAGUCACGGACAUCACCUCAGGAUCCCAAUCGUUGCACAGAGGUCUUCGUGGUAAAGAAGUUCAACUCUUUGCUAUCGGUGGAGCCAUUGGUACCUCACUGUACGUACAGAUGGGCUCUGCUCUACCCAAAGGUGGACCUGCGGGACUCUUCAUCGCUUUUGUAAUCUGGGCAGGAGUAAUGUGGGCCGUGAACGAGUGCUUCGCCGAGAUGGUAUCCUACCUUCCGGUACCAUCACCCUUCAUCCGAUUUGGCAGCGAAUGGGUAGACGGCGCGCUUGGAUUCGCCAUGGCAUGGAACUUUUUUCUCAACAUGGCGAUCCUGGUGCCUUUCGAAAUUGUAGCCAUGAACAUCAUGAUCACAUUCUGGACGGACAAGGUACCUGUCGAGGCGAUCAUCGUGGCCAUGAUUGUUCUUUACGCCUUCCUGAACACGAUAACAGUUCGAUAUUUCGGCAUCUCGGAGUUUUACAUGUCCAUCUUCAAAGUGCUCCUGAUGAUCGGGUUGUUCCUCUUCACCUUUGUCACUAUGGUCGGCGGAAACCCUCUCCAUGAUGCGUACGGCUUCCGAUACUGGAAAACCCCAUUCGUCGAGCACUUGGCGCCUGGCGGAACGGGAAAAUUCCUAGGCGUCCUUUCUUGUCUUUAUCAAGCAAGUUUCUCUAUCACCGGACCCGAGUAUAUAGCGAUAGUAGCAGCCGAGACCGAGAAUCCUCGGAAAGUGCUACCUCCCGCAUUUAGGUCUUUCGUUUGGCGACUACUUGUAUUCUUCGUGGGUUCUGCACUUUGUAUAGGAAUUGUCAUCCCCUAUAACGAUCCCACGCUCCUGGCGAUACUCGGCGGUGAUAUGGGUGGAAGCGGCACAGGCGCUGCAUCCCCCUAUGUCAUCGCAAUGCAAAGGCUGAAGAUCUCCGGUCUGCCUCAUCUGGUCAAUGCCCUUAUCAUGACAUCUAUUUUCAGUGCUGGCAAUGGUCUUCUGUACUCAGCUGCGCGUACACUACACGGAAUGUCACUCGAAGGCCAUGCCCCGAGGAUAUUCGCUCAUUGCACUAAGAAGGGCGUACCAAUACGGGCUCUCUGCUUCUCACUAUGCUUCUGCUUACUGGCCUUCCUACAAGUCAAAAGCUCAUCUGCAGUAGUCAUGACCUAUCUUGUAGAUCUCAUUACCUGCUGUCAGAUGCUCAACUAUGGAUUCACAGCAUUGACCUAUCGUCACUUUUUUGCGGCGCUAAAGAAACAAGGGAUCUCCAGAGACACACUUCCGUACAAGGGGCGUUUUCAACCAUACACAUCUUAUUUGGCCAUGGGAGGCACUCUUUUCAUGCUUCUCGCAGCAGGAUAUGAUGUCUUCCUCAAAGGCGGAUGGAGUGUUAUGUGGUUUUUCUUGACCUACGCGAUGAUCGGAUUCUUCAUCAUCAUGUUUCUUUUCUGGAAGCUGGUCUUCAAUAGCACCUACAUCAGACCGGGCUUAGCGGAUCUGAGUCUAGGCGGUCUGAGAGAGGAGAUUGAUGCCUAUGAGACUACGUUCGUUCGACGGGAUCCUGGCCGAGUCGGAAGAGUGCUUAACAAGGUUUUUGAAUGAUCUUGCUUUACAAGAUCAAUGGUUCCAUGCCCAAGAGGCCUAUGAAGAAGUCAAACGACGGUUAUAUAGAACUGGGGGAAUAGGAAGUUGCAUAGUCACGGCUGGAGGAGAGAGCUUGUCAUGAAUUGACACAUGCGGACGUGGGAUGAAUUUGUUGCCUUCACCCUCCCCGUGUGCUAAAUUCUGUCACUUCUAGCCAUUUUCCACGGCCAUGCCUAGGGUUGUUUAGUCUGUAGAGAUGCACAAAUCGCUUUAGUCGUCCGCAGAGAGCCGCUGACUAUCACACUC